CAACAGUUCUACCUCUACGCAUACGUCACCUGCAUCCCACCGGGCAACUCACAUGCUCUCGUCCAGGAGCUCCUCGACUGCGUCCAGCCCUUGUCUCCCUGUCAGAAAGGGACAACCAUUGACCAAACGAUUUUCUUCCCUUUUGUUGUCUCUCAGUACCUUAUUUGAACCUAAAAGGGCCAAAGGGGGAUGAAUGGUACUCGGGCGUCGUUCCAUUGGACCGUCUUUGCUCUCUUCCCGGCUGGUUUGGCUGGUUUGGCUAGAACACUUAUGUCCCCGGCUCUCCAGCUGAGCCCAGGUGUCGAUCAGGGGAUGCGUAAGACUACCUUGGAGAAAAGAGUGUUGAAGCCAUCACCAUGUCUUGGCAUUCUUGGCACAAGGUGGAUACGAUCCACACAUGCUUACCCUGUAUACAUAUAAGCUGG